UGUGUAACUUGUCAUAUCUCCUAAAUCUGAGUUUGAUUUCAAAGUGCCGCCAUGUUUCUAAAGGUGUUUUUUCUGUUCACUGGUCUGGUGGCCUCUGUCCAGUCGGGUAAGUCAUUCUCUGGUGGCCUCUGUGCAGUCAGGUAAGUCAUUCUCUGGUGGCCUCUGUCCAGUCAGGUAAGUCAUUCUCUGGUGGCCUCUGUGCAGUCAGGUAAGUCAUUCUCUGGUGGCCUCUGUAGAGUCGGGUAAGUCAUCCUCUUGUGGCCCCCGUACAUUCAGGAUUGGCAUCCUUUUGUGGCCCCGUACAGUCAGAUAAGUCAUCUUAUGGUGGCAUCUGUGCAGUCGGGUAAGUGGUAUUCAAUGUAAUAAGAGCGUUCAGGAUACUCAGCUGUUAGACUUGUCCGAGAAUGUCUUUGACCAGCAGAUGUGCACGGUCUCUUGAUGCACCUUCUACCAUUAAACAAACAAACCAACAAUUAUUCACGACCAAAAAAAUAGUUUAUAUCUAAAUCGACAAAAUGUUGAAUGAAACAAAAGUCAAGAAGAAACGAAACAAAUAGGGACUGUCCCAAGAGUCGGAGGUGCCACAAAGUUCAUCUUUUUUAAAUUGUGAGAAAGUUGGUUUAAAAUGGCUCAAAUCGGUCCACGCACAUGACGUAGACAAAGACAUGGACAUCGACCAUAUUGAGUCAAAUUUUUAACAAGUCAGAUGCAAAAUAUUCAAAUACCCCGAUAUAUAAAUAAUAUUUUAUUUGCAGUAAGAGAUAAAAAUAUUAUAUUAUUUGAAGUAAGAGGUGUAACUAUUAUCUUAUUUGUAUUACGGGAUACUUAGUAAGAGAUAACCAUUUACGAUUUUAGUGUAUUUGGUAAAUCACAAUAUACAGUGAGGAACAUAGGCAGGUGCAAAGGGAUGUAAAUGUGUUAUGGUUGUGCACUCUUAGGACUCGCCUCAGGCAGCAUUUUGUCAAAGUAACGCCCCUGAUAAGAGAUAAUAAACUUCUCCAACAUGUAGAUGCCAUCAUUGCCAACUUCACAUCUUUUAUACAUCCAAAGUACCAUGUAUAUAAAAAUAGCUUAAUGACCAAACUUCAUUGAGUUCAUGCAUGAAUGAUUCUUGUGGAUCCCAGCAUGCAGCGCAGGCCGCACCAAACGUGAACUCAGGGGCGCCUGGAUCGCCACUGUCAGCAACAUUGACUGGCCAAAGUCCAGCACUCGCACGACAAGUCAGAACGAGGCUGACCUCAAGGCUUUGCUAGACUCGCUACACUCUCAGACCAUCAACGCCGUCUUCUUUCAGGUAAGCCACGGAAUAGCUCAUGACAUUUACUCAAUAGAUCACAGGUCAAAUAGAACUUAUACAGCUUUGUUCAAAUAGACCUGAUUUAGAAUAGGGGAUAUAGAACUAAUACAGAGUAGGUCAAAAAAAAAAACUGAUAUAGAAUAGGCAAAAUAGAACUGAUAUAGAAGAGGUCAAAUAGACCUAAUAUAGAAUAGGUAUAAUAGACCUGAUAUGGAAUAGGUCAAAUAUAACGAUAUAGAAUAUGUCAAUUAGAACUGAAGUAGAUUAGGUCAAAUAGAACUGAUAUAGAAAAGGUCAAAUAGACCUGAUAUAGAAUAGGUAUAAUAGACCUGAUAUGGAAUAGGUCAAAUAUAACGAUAUAGAAUAUGUCAAUUAGAACUGAAGUAGAUUAGGUCAAAUAGAACUGAUAUAGAAAAGGUCAAAUAAACCUGAUAUAGAAAAGUUUUAAAAAACCUGAUAUAUAUAAUAGGUCAAAUAGAACGAUAUAGAAUAGGUCAAACGGACCAGUUAUAGAAUAUCUCGAAAAGAACUGAUACAGGAUAUUUCAAAAAGAAUGAUAUAGAAUAUGUCAAAUAGAGCGGUAUUGGGUAGGUCAAAUAGAGCAAUAUAGAAUAGGUCAAAUAGAGCAAUAUAGAAUAGGUCAAAUAGAGCAAUAUAGAAUAGGUCAAAUAUAAACGAAAGAAUAUAACAAAUAGAACCUAAGAGGAAGAAUUUCACAGAUUUUUUUACAAAUAGAAUUUGAUAGAUUCUGUUACAAUAGAACACGCUGGGUACAACUCACACAUUUAUCAAAUAUAACUGUUAUGUAAGUAACAUCUAAAACACAAGUGAAAUAUGGACCAAAUUAGCAGUUGGAAUACAACUGUGCUUUUGUAGUAAUCUUAAACGAGAAGUUGUUCUGCAUUCAACCCAAACAAAUUAUCUUAUGGCUUUGUAUCAUCAAUGACAACAUAGCAUCCACAAAUGGCAUCCGUUGGUGGAAAAAAAUACUUCAUGACAUUCAUUGGUGGCACCAAUGACACCAUGACAUCCAAAGGUGGCACAAAUGACACAAUGACAUCCGUUGGUGGCACAAAUGACACCAUGACAUCCAUCGGUGGCACCAAUGACACAAUGACAUCCAUUGGUGGCACAAAUGACACAAUGACAUCCGUUGGUGGCACAAAUGACACCAUGACAUCCAUCGGUGGCACCAAUGACACAAUGACAUCCAUUGGUGGCACCAAUGACACCAUGACAUCCAUUGGUGGCACCAAUGACACAAUGACACCCAUUGGUGGCACCAAUGACACCAUGACAUUCAUAGGUGGCACCAAUGACACAUGACAUCGAUUGGUGGCACCAAUGACACAAUGACUUCCAUUGGUGGCACCAAUGACACCAUGACAUUCAGUGGCGGCACCAAUGACACCAUGACAUCCAUUGGUGGCACCAAUGACACCAUGACAUCCAUUUGUGGCACUAAUGACACCAUGACAUCCAUUGGUGGCACCAAUGACACAAUGACAUCCAUUGGUGGCACCAAUGACACCAUGGCAUCCAGUCGUUUGUAGCUGGUAUAGAAGAUUGAUUGAGAGGUCUCUCUUGGAUUUGCCCAUACUUUAUUGUGUCAACCUGAGAGUGUAGAACGUACAGACCCAUCAUUUGCUCUUGUAGAAGUACAAAGAACCUCACCUUUAACCCCUAGGUCCGACCUGCUGGGGACGCCUUCUACCACUCGACCAUCGAGCCAUGGAGCACAUGGCUGACUGGACAUCAGGGGACGGCCCCGAGUCCUGCCUGGGAUCCACUGCAGUUCUUGGUGACCGAGGCGCAUUCCAGAAAUAUCGAAGUCCACGCUUGGUUUAAUCCAUACAGGUAAGUCUCACUUAUUCAUUCAGGUAAGUCUCACCAAUUUAUACAGGUAGGUCUCACUUAUUCAUUUAGAUAGGUCUUACUCUUACAAAUAAACAAAGAAACUGACAUCACAGGCAAGACUGUUCGCAGAUGACACAGCAGUGUAUAGGACGAUCGCCAACAGAUCUGACCAGGACCAGCUACAACAGGAUCUCAAUAUGUUAGCUGAGUGGGAGGUGAGCUGGGACAUGGAAUUUCACCCUGCCAAGUGCCAGACACUAUCAGUCUCUAGAAGUUGUACUCCUCUAUACUACCAAUACAAACUGCACUGCCAUAUUCUUGAGCAAGUUUCCUCCGUAAAGUACCUGGGUGUUACCAUUCAAAGAGAGGUCCGCUGGACGAGCAUAUUAACAAUGUAUGUAACCAAGCAAACAAGACCCUAGGGUUCUUAAGGCGAAAUCUAAAGAUUGGCAACUCCUGUGUGAAAGAAAGAGCAUAUAAAGCCUUUAUCCGUCCGAUUUUAGAUUAUGCAUCUUCAGUCUGGGACCCAUUUACCCAGAAGAGCAUUGACAAGUUGGAGGCGGUCCAGCGACGAGCAGCACGCUUUGUCCUAAACCGCUACAGCAUGCUAGAAACACUAGGCUGGUCACCAUUGGAGAAACGACGACGACAAUCAAGGCUCUCCAUGAUGUACAAGAUAAAUAAUGGGCUGGUCCACUGUUCCAGUAUUAAACAGAAACUCGUCCCUCUCCCCCAUAGACAGCGACGAGGCCAUGACAGGCAAUUCAGGCUCAUACCAUCAAGAAGCCAGUAUAGGAGCUGCUCAUUCCUGCCCAAGACAAUCAGGGACUGGAACAAGCUUUCAAAAGGAACGGUUGAGGCGACAACACUAGACACAUUUGUGUCUAUUGCAUCAAGCCUUCAAACCCCUAGUGCAUGAUUUCCUCAUCAACACCAGGAACAGAAACAUUGCAAAUCCCAUCUACAUGCAUAAGACCCAAAAUGAUCAAUAAAUUGAUCGUGGGCCCUUAAGAUAUAGAAGAAGAAGUCUCACUUAUUCAUUUAGGUAAGUGUCACUAAUUCAUACAGUUAAGUCUCAUUUAUUCAUACAGGCAAGUCUCAAUUAUUUAUUUAGAUAGGUCUUACUAAUUCAUACAGGUAAGUCUCACUUAUUCACGUAUGAAUUCAUCUACUUCAUGACCUUUUUUCUAACGUUAUUGGCCUGGCAUUAUCGUCCAUCAGGGCAAGAUCUGGGUCAACAUCCACCACCGGACUGGCGGCCAAUCACAUGGCUAGGGCUAUCCCAGCGCAUGCGCACCCAUACGGCGGCAAUCUGUGGAUGGAUCCAGGCAGUAAAGAAGUUCAGGUACACAGUCAAAAGGGAGGGGAGGGGAGGGGAGGGGGGGUAUAUUGACCAACUGAAAGAAAUCACUGCAAAAAUCACUGUGAAGCUUUUCUUGAAACAUUUACGUGAAUUUUUUCAUUGACAUCCCCUGGCCACUGUUCAUGAUUAGUAACUAAAUGUUGAAUAAAAUGCUUACAUUGUAACGUGAUCAUGUUUAAAGACAUUGUCUUCAAUGUCCACUCCAGGACAGAGUUAACGCCGUGAUCAUGGAUGUUGUCACGAGAUACGACAUUGACGGUGUCCACUUUGAUGACUAUUUUUAUCCAUACCCAACAGCAGAUCCAUUCCCUGACACCACCACGUGGAACGCUUACAAGGUGAGUAGCAACAACGUCUUGGUGUCCACGCAGCCUAAGGUCAAAAACUCUAUCUCAGUCUCUAGUGUUGUACUCAUAUCUCCUUCAUAAACUCUACCUCAUUCUCUAGUGUUGUACUCAUAUCUCCUUCAUAAAAUCUAUACCUCAGUCUCUAGUGAUGUACUUAUAUCUCCUUCAUAAACUCUACCUCAUUCUCUAGUGUUGUACUCAUAUCUCCUUCAUAAAAUCUAUACCUCAGUCUCUAGUGAUGUACUUAUAUCUCCUUCAUAAACUCUACCUCAUUCUCUAGUGUUGUACUCAUAUCUCCUUCAUAAACUCUACCUCAGUCUCUAGUGUUGUACUCAUCUCUCCUUCAUAACCUCUACCUCAGUCUCUAGUGUUGUACUCAUCUCUCCUUCAUAAACUCUACCUCAGUCUCUAGUGUUGUACUCAUCUCUCCUUCAUAAACUCUACCUCAGUCUCUAGUGUUGUACUCAUCUCUCCUUCAUAAACUCUACCUCAGUCUCUAGUGUUGUACUCAUCUCUCCUUCAUAAACGCUACCUCAGUCUCUAGUAUGGUACUCAUAUCUCCUCCAUAACCUCUACCUCAGUCUCUAGUGUUGUACUCAUAUCUCCUUCAUAAACUCUACCUCAGUCUCUAGUGUUGUACUCAUCUCUCCUUCAUAAACUCUACCUCAGUCUCUAGUGUUGUACUCAUAUCUCCUUCAUAAACUCUACCUCAGUCUCUAGUGUUGUACUCAUAUCUCCUUCAUAAACUCUACCUCAGUCUCUAGUGUUGUACUCAUAUCUCCUUCAUAACCUCUACCUCAGUCUCUAGUGUUGUACUCAUAUCUCCUUCAUAAACUCUACCUCAGUCUCUAGUGUUGUACUCAUCUCUCCUUCAUAAACUCUACCUCAGUCUCUAGUGUUGUACUCAUCACUCCUUCAUAAACUCUACCUCAGUCUCUAGUGUUGUACUCAUAUCUCCUUCAUAACCUCUACCUCAGUCUCUAGUGUUUAUACUCAUCUCUCCUUCAUAAACUCUACCUCAGUCUCUAGUGUUGUACUCAUCUCUCCUUCAUAAACUCUACCUCAGUCUCUAGUGGUGUACUCAUAUCUCCUUCAUAAACUCUACCUCAGUCUCUAGUGUUGUACUCAUCUCUCCUUCAUAACCUCUACCUUGGUCUCUAGUGUUGUUCUCAUCUCUCCUUCAUAAACUCUACCUCAGUCUCUAGUGUUGUACUCAUCUCUCCUUCAUAAACUCUACCUCAGUCUCUAGUGUUGGACUCAUCUCUCUUUCUUAAACUCUACCUCAGUCUCUAGUGUUGUACUCAUCUCUCCUUCAUAACCUCUACCUUGGUCUCUAGUGUUGUUCUCAUCUCUCCUUCAUAAACUCUACCUCAGUCUCUAGUGUGGUACUCAUAUCUCCUGCAUAAAUUCUACCUUAGUAUCUAGUUUUAUUCUUGUAAAGGCCUAAUUUAAGUUAAUAAUUUUUAUUUAUAUAAUAAUACAUAUUAAUUAAUUGCUAUGUUAUUUAAUAAUUAAUACAUAUCCUACUUAAUGUGUGUAUUUAUUUAUUUUUUUUCUAAUUUUGAAAAUUCUAUAUUCAAUUAAUUUUUAAAAAAAAUUAAUUUAAGUUUAAAAUUGCCUCUGGUAUUAUAGGUACCGUGAAAUUCGGUCGUGCGCACUUUCUGCGCAUAUCGAAAAAUGACGCAAAAACUGUAGUUUCCACCUUACAUUCGGCUUGUGGAUGACUUCGUUUUCUCGCGACACAGAUUUCUAAUGAUACGACAUCUUAAUCCAUUAUGGGAAAAUGUUAAAGAAUAAAAUAAAAUCUUAGUUUAGUUAUGAAAAUGUUAUGUAUGUUUUGUAUGCAUGUUUUGAUUUUAUAUGUUUGACGUGACACUUUAGGGGAGGGUUAAAUAAUUUGUGACAGGUUGGAGGGGGUCUAAAAUGUCUUUUUUUUCAGUGACGUAAUUUGCGUACGACUCCGAAUGUAAAAGAUUUCCCUCUAAAUAAAGAAAUGGGACUUAAUCUAAAUAAACGUAUUUUUAACAUUCCUGAAAAUUGAAAUUUUAAAAAAUAAUAGGUUUUGACUUUGUAUAAAGUAAAUAUUAUUUGAGGUUCGCAUGGUUUUAUGAUAUUUAAGUUUAACUUUGUAUGACAUACUUUUUAAGUUUCUUUCUUUUUAAACUUUGAACCAACCACGACUGAAUUACAUGUGACGUCAUUUCCUCCUUUACUCCCUGUAAUCUUAGAACGCUGGCGGUCAACUGUCACAUGCAGACUGGAGGCGUGACAAUGUCAACAAACUCAUAGAGAGGCUCUCAACAAAGUAAGCUGAUAGACCACUAAAUCUGAAUCUCUUUGUUUGGUCUGACUCUCUUAGUUUGGUCUGACUCUCUUAGUUUGGUCUGACCCUCAUAGUUUGGUCUGACUCUCUUACUUUGGUCUGACCCUCUUAAUUUGGUCUGACUCUCUUAGUUUGGUCUGGCUAUCUUAGUUUGGUCUGACUCUCUUACUUUGGUCUGACCCUCUUAAUUUGGUCUGACUCUCUUAGUUUGGUCUGACUAUUUUAGUUUGGUCUGAAUCUCUUAGUUUGGUCUGAUCCUUGUAGUUUGCUCUCACCCUCAUAGUUUGGUCUGACUCUUUUAGUUUGGUCUGAGCCUCUUAGUUUGGUCCGACUUUCUUAGUUUGCUCUGACCCUCAUAGUUUGGUCUGACUCUCUUAGUUUGGUCUGACCCUCAUAGUUUUGUCUGACUCUCUUACUUUGGUCUGACCCUCUUAAUUUGGUCUGACUCCCUUAGUUUGGUCUGACUCUCUUGGUUUGGUCUGAAUCUCUUAGUUUUGUCUGACCCUCGUAGUUUGGUCUGAAUCUCUUAGUUUGGUCUGACUCUCGUAGUUUGGUCUGACUCUCUUAGUUGAACAUCAGAGGGAGAGAGAGAGAGAGAGAGAGAGAGAGAGAGAGAGAGAGGUGUGGCUCUCACGCAGGAGUUUAUACUAAUGGGCUUACCGUUAAGCUACCGAUAAACGUUUUAAAAAUUCCAGGAUUUUUUUCCUAUAUUGAUAUUAUACAUAGAAAAACUCAUUAGGUGGGCCGGACCAUUGAACAUUGAAAGUUAGUUUAUUGACCAAAUAUUGUUUCUCUUAGUGUGGUCUGUCUCUCGUAGUGUGGUGUGACUCUCUGAGUUGAACAUCAGAGGGAGAGAGAGAGAGAGAGAGAGAGAGAGAGAGAGAGAGAGAGGUGUGGCUCUCAUGCAGGAGUUUAUACUAAUGGGCUUACCGUUAAGCUACCGUUAAACGUUUUAAAAAUUCCAGGAUAUUUUUCCUAUAUUGUUAUUGUACAUAGAAAAACUCAUUAGGUGGGCCGGACCAUUGAACAUUGAAAGUUAGUUUAUUGACCAAAUAUUGUGGAGCACCGUAAUGUUUAUAGUUUCAUUUUGUUCAAGGGUAGAUAUCCAUUGUAAAAAUUAUCAAUGAUAAGAAAUAUCCAGUGUCAAAAAAAAAAAAAAACCAUCCAUUGUAUAUCUUACAACAUUAAAAAUCAAACAUAGAUUGCAACAGGUGUGUUUGCUUUCCUCACCAGCAUGCACCAAGCUAAGCCGUGGAUUAAAUUCGGAGUCAGUCCAUUUGGAAUCUGGAAAUCUGGCCAACCAGCUGGUGUUGUGGGUGAGCAGUAGUUUCUUUACAUACAUUACAUUACGAACAAGCAUAUUAUUAGAUAUGUCAACAUAAAUGUCAAACAGUGUUACUCUAUAAACAGUCCUACUCUAUGAACAGUCCUACUCUAUGAACAGUCCUACUCUAUGAACAGCCCUACUUUAUGAACAGUCCUACUCUAUGAACAGCCCUACUCUAUGAACAGCCCUACUCUAUGAACAGCUCUACUCUAUGAACAGCUCUACUCUAUGAACAGCCCACUCUAUGAGCAGCCCUACUCUAUGAACAGUCCUACUCUAUGAACAGUCCUACUCUAUGAACAGCCCUACUUUAUGAACAGUCCUACUCUAUGAACAGCUCUACUCUAUGAACAGCCCUACUCUAUGAACAGCUCUACUCUAUGAACAGCUCUACUCUAUGAACAGCCCACUCUAUGAGCAGCCCUACUCAAUGAAUAGUCCUACUCUAUGAACAGUCCUACUCUAUGAACAGUCCUCUUUGGAGCCGAAUCUUGGAGAACAACAGCCAGCACUACGCAGAAAGAACAGAACCUCAAAAACACUAGCCUUAGAAAGAUCCUGAACAUCAAAUGGCCAAACGCCAUCACGAACAUAGACCUGAUAGAAAGGACACAAAAGGAUCCUGUUGCUGAAGACAUCAUAAGGAAAAGAUGGAGGUGGAUAGAGCACACUCUUCGUAAACCCCAGAUAACAUCACCAGACAAUCCCUAACAUGGAAUCAACUGGGAAAAAGAAAGAGAGGAAGGCCAUAUAAUACAUGGAGACGUGAGCUGGAGGCAGAGACACACAGAGUGGGAUAAACCUGGAAACAACUGGAAAGAAAAGCACAGGACCGAGAUGAAUAUGAAAUUCUUUUAGACGACCUAUGCCCCAGAUGGUACAAGUAAGUGACUUUAGCCAGGACAACGGGAGGAGUUGUCAUCGUUUAUCAACAAUCAAAAUACAGUUGGAACUCCAAACAGUGGAGGAUACUAGAGUUUGUGAAUCCCUACACGGACCGACUUCCCCCCACGCCCCUGACCUCAACCACACAUAACAUUUGGGCCAACAUUGACGGUUCUAAACAUGGUGUGAGGGAUGAGGAGUUACAGUCAAACAGAUCAGACAUUGUAAUGCUUGUCAAUGGCUUGUUUGUCUUAGCAGACAUUAGCCUAUAUAUGUGAACGGUUUGUCUGGUCAGAUAUUACAACACACAUUUUAAGGGGCCCGACAAAGCAAAGAUUUUUAUUCAGGGAAAAGUAGUAAACUAGAGGUCAAGGGGUUCUCAUCUCUUGUGGCUUAGGUACCUCAAGCGUGGACGCCCUCUACGCUGACUCCAGGCACUGGUUACAGAAGGGGUGGAUCGAUUACAUCGCCCCACAACUGUACUGGGUCAUCGACGGACCACAGAGUUUCACGAAGCUCAUUGACUGGUGGUCUGAGCCGGCCCAGAACCCGUUACAUCGUCAUGUGUAUGCGGGCUUGGCGGACUACAGGUUGUUGAGCUGGUGUUUGCUUGUGUUUGGUAGUUGCUGAGGUGAAGGUGGAGGUGGAGGUGAAGGUGGAGGUAAAGGUGGAGGUGAAGGUGGAGGUGGAGGUGAAGGUGGAGGUGAAGGUGGAGGUGAAGGUGGAGGUGAAGGUGGAGGUGAAGGUGGAGGUGUAGGUGAAGAUGGAGGUGGAGGUGGAGGUGAAGGUGAAGGUGUAGGUGGAGUGGUGGAGGUUAAGGUGGAGGUGGAGGUGAAGGUGGAGGUGAAGGUGGAGGUGAAGGUGGAGGUGAAGGUGGAGGUGAAGGUGGAGGUGGAGGUGAAGAUGGAGGUGGAGGUGGAGGUGAAGGUGAAGGUGGAGGUGGAGGUGAAGGUGGAGGUGGAGGUGGAGGUGAAGGUGAAGGUGGAGGUGAAGAUGGAGGUGAAGGUGGAGGUGGAGGUGAAUAGCUUGACUGAUCAUUGCAUUGCACGCUGAUAAAGAGAAACCCUCUUUAAGAAAAAGUAUGUGUCCUUUUAACAGCCAAUACUACAGCCACGAGUAUAUUCAUUGUAUAAUCAAGACUACAUCAGUACACAAGCAUUCAUUUAUUCAUCCCUUCCAUCAUUACAUUGGUCGAUAAAAAAUUGCUACUCAUUAUUUUUAAAGCCAUUUUUUUUUUACAUUGAUGAAACAUUCUUGGAUCGGCCUGAAGCCCAGCCAUGUAGCAGUUAGCUGUACGCCAACUGAUGCUCCAUGUUUUGUAUAUGUGUGUGUUCCCACUCUAACAGAAUCCUUGCCAACAACUGGAGCCCCAAUGAGAUCCUCCACCAGAUCCAGCUGACUCAGGCCAGGACCAACCACAGCGUCUGGGGCGUCAUACACUACAGCGCCAAACACGUGGACACCAACGUGCAUGUAAGUCGUGGUACUCACGUCAUCGCCAUCGUCUUGUGGGCGGGGGGGGGAGGGGGUUGGGGAGGGGCUUGGUGUGUUUACGUCGUCGUCUAGUGAUGAUGACGUCAGCGCCGGUGACGUCAUCAACACCUCCCGUUGCACCAUCAUCUUAUGGUGACGUCAUCGACACAUCACGACGACGCCAUAAUAUCCACUCUCGCCUGGUGAUGUCAUCAUUAUGUCAUGUUGAUUGUUUCAACAAAAUCAUGGACUUGUCGCAACUAGCCUUUUCGAAAUGCGUUGACGCAAUGUUAACAGAAAUAAUUAGCCACAUAGCCACAUUCCACUUGAUUUCAAAAGGUUAACGGAUGGUGUUAUUUUUCAGCAGCCGGAUCCCAAAUGGCAGAUUUCUCUUUGCCUAAUUUGGCCUGCAGAUUUAACUCUGAGCCAGGUUUUCUGUGAGAUCCAUUGUGUAUCGACACUAAACAUGUGAGUUCGUUUCAAACGUUUAAUCGUGUAAUGGAAUGUCUCCAACUAAAACUCUCUCACCUGUGUUUCUAUCCCCCAGGGGCUUUUCACGACCCUCAAAUCGUCGGUCUACCAGCACCCGGCGCUCCCGGACGUCUACACGUACAGAAGCGGUGUCGCCGCGCCUGCCGCCCCGGUGGUGAAAGCCAACGGCGCCACCCUCGACUGGAGCGCCAGCAAGAAGGACGACGUGCGGUCGUGGGCCGUGUACCACAGUGCCGCCAACGCCUGCACGCUGGUCAGGGUCGUCCACGCGGCCACCACGUCCCUGGCGGUCAGCGGCACCGGGGUCUACGUGGUGACCGCCGUCAACAGGCUCGGCGCCGAGACGGACGGCAACCCCGUGACUGUUGAAACUGUCGUGGGAUGAUUGGAACUGUCCGGUGAUGGUGAUGAACUGCCUCCCAUCUCUCUCUGAAGUUAUCAAGUCUUUUGUGUUGGUUCAUUUGUGUACGUUAUUUGCCAGUGCUUUAAUGUACAUUUUAAAAAUAAAUAAAUGUACAAUGCAAUGCCACGUGACGCUAUGGAUAUUGUUACUUUUCUUGACAACGUUGAAAUUAUCACGUGUGAUAGUUGCAUUGUUAUAAUGAGCAUUGUUAUUGGUCGAGAUUCUCAAAAACUGAAACGAUAAAAAUAUUGUUGUUUUUUUUCAGCCUGAGAACAACUCAAUUUUAAAAUAAACAGUUUUUAUAUCAUUAUAUAAAUUUAAAAAAUAAAUAAAUAAACUUAUAGUUA